AUUGAUGAUAGGUUUUUAUAGUGGUCCUCUGAUAAUCUUGACACAGUGUAAGCCUGUGCAUUUCAAACACUUGAGGCCACAUUUGAGGAGACUAACAAUUCCUGUUUUUCUUCUAGUAAUCAAAUUGGAGAAGCAUUUCCACUUUUUAAAAAGGUAUCUUCAAACUACUUUGAUAUUUGUUCAGCUAUCCCAAUGGGAUUUUGGCUUAGUAAAUCUGCUAGUCAGAUAUCUGCUAUACAAAUGAAUUCAAAAGUGGAUGGUCAUUUAAUGAGUGUGACUGAGCAAAGCAGGCUGGAACCAGUGACUCGGUUAUUUCAAAACACCAAUAAAAUAAGAUUAGAAGACAGAAACCAAGAAAACUUCACAAGAAUUGAAGGGACUGGCACCAAAUGUUUUUCAGAGAAAGCUUUGACUCCAGUAAUAUAUGUUAAAGAAAGUGAUGGAAUCGAAAUGACUGAUGUGGAAUGAAGUCAUUUGUACAUAUUUCCAAAGAAACCAGAAAUGCUUUUGAUUAAGAGGAAGUUUGGAUGAGAUUAUUAGAGAAACAACAAAAUGAAUUCAUGAAUCAUCUUAGACUACAGUUUUGAUAGUCUAUACCCAAAAGCAAUUGCUUUAGGGAAAAAAGCCUUUCCAAAAUUUAAAACAUGUUUCUCUAGGAUUAUGUUCUAGCCUUGGUAAAAACCAGAGGUUGUUGGGUUUUGUUUUUUUUUAAGUAACAAUGUUUGUUUGGCACCAAAACAUCUAAUUUCUUUAAAAAGUUUUUUUUUAAUUACCCAAGUAAUUUGACAUGAGUGUUUCAUACUAUUUCUAGUACACUAUUGUGUGUUGUACUGACAGCUUGGGAUUUUUGCUUUAAGAUACUGUAUCUUUGUACAUUUUACAUUUUUUAGUAUAAAAGCUCACUGCAGAUAAUCUGCAAAAGACAAGUUAAUUGUAUGUUAUCAGGAACACUUCGCAUUUCAAACCUCUUAUUCCUCAUGUUGAAUCUAUUUCCAUAUUAGGAAAUAGCUCUUUCCAAGUGUAAUAGUUCAUCUUGCAGAUGCUGUCAGUUUAUACUACCUUUACUUAAAGAAGAAAAAAAAAACCUGUGGAAAAAAUUAUUUUAUGCCAGUGUUUGAAAUAUCUGGUAGUUUGAAACAACAGUAUUAUCCUUGUAAUGUUAGGUGAAAUCAAAACUAUUCCGUAUCCAGAUAUAUAUUAAACUUUUUGUAUUCUGUA